AAACUAUUCGGAGAACCCGUCACAGUUGGGGACCGUUGGAUGACAUUCAUCAUGCUACUACUCACAUGUAGCAGCUUGGAAGUUCACGCGAAGUCAGUGGGUUUUCACCUGUCACUCUUCACCAACACUUCUCUCCUCCUCUACAUAUACAGCUCGCUCGUCUUCAUGCCUGUUUAUUUAAUGUGUAGAAGUGAAAUGGUGAAAAGGAUUGUUCUCUACAACCUUUGGAAUUGAUUACUGACUAUACUGAGUGAAGGGGAAAUGUUGAGGGAGAAGUUGGUCGGAGAAAAUUGCGUGUCCUCGUCGGCGCUGUCUUCGUCGCAUUCACUCCUAUCAAACGCAGAGCCAGACAGAAUUUUCGACGAAUUGCCGGAGGCGAACAUCGUCUCCGUGUCCAGGGCGGAGCCCGGAGACAUCGGCUUCAGCCCCUUGCUGCUGACAUACACUAUUCAACUCCGUUAUAAACAGGCAACCAUCUUACUUACUGUAUAUACAGCUCGGUUGUUCUGUACGUCUGUUUGCAUAUACUCCGUAUGUAAUUGUGUUAAUAUAUAAGUUCAAUUCUUCAAGUAGUGUCUACAUGUUUGUUUACUUACAAAGCAUAAAUGCAGCCUGUAUUUUUGUGGCUAUAUCUUGUAGAUAUGAAUUAAUACUUACAAAUUUGAAGUCUUAAGCAUGGUUAUAUUUGAAGGGGGCCUUACUGCCUUAGCACACAUAAUAAAGUGUUGUUGUUUGGUUGGGAAUUAUAUUUUGUUGGUAAUGAUUAAUGGUGUAAAUGGAUGAACGGAAUAGUUUUUCAUAUUCUCAUGAGCAUACCGCUCCAAACUGUGCUUGCCAGCCCUGUUCUAAAGCCUAAUCCUGCGCACCCAUGGGUCUGGGUCCAUGUGUACAUUACUAGGAUUUAGUAAGAAAUAGUGUGCAGCUAAGUCAAGUGAAAGUUUAACUUCAAUUUGCUCUUGUCUAAUUCAAGUUAGAGUACUGAAGUGCUCUGAGUGAAGUUCAUUUUUCAUGUUACCAAUUCUUGCUCAGUUCAAGUUCAAAUUUCUAAGUUUUAAAAGCUUGGAGCAUUUUAUACACUCCUCAGCUUGAGAAGGAGUGUUCAAAUAUUGAGAAUAUAUGUAUAGAAAUAUAGCAGCUCUGGGCUGAAGAACCAUAUGUUUUCCACCUUUAUUGGGUAGGAUUAGAUUAUUUAGAUCCAUUAUAUUAAAACUUUGGAGUUAAUCUAAAAGGUCAACAUAAUAUGAGGAGUAACUUAUAUGUGGAUUUAUAUUUUUAUAUUUUGCUGAUGUGGGAUGACUUAGCACAUAAGUAGUCUCUGCAUAAACACUACAAGAAUUAUUUGAAUAUAAUGAAGUUGUAGGCUGUGUUAUGUAUCAAAUAGAAAAACACGUUUUGAGUUUCAACAAUAUAGUAUUGGUAAAGACUUGUAUCCAGCAUCUUAGGAAUAACUACUUACUCUUGAUACAAUAAUGUGUACAUCCUCGUGUUUUGACUUACAGUUCCAGUGGGUCUUAUUAAAAAAAGCUUCAGAAGUUAUCUACUUACACUUUGCACUCAGGAAGCGUUCAUUAAUUGAGGAAUUCCAUGAAAAACAAGAGCAGGUUAAGGAGUGGCUCCACCAUAUACGAAUAGGGGAACAAAUUACAGCCCAACAGUAUGAUGAUGAACCUAAUGAUGGCACUACCCUUGCACAUAAUGAAGAUAACAUUAGAAACAGGUCUGCAAGUUUUUGGAGGUCUCCAAGUUGUCCUUUUUACCUGAGUAUGGCCCAAAGCUUAUAGAAAACUAUCUAUUGGUUAAGCAUCUGCCAAAAUUUUCUGAGAAUGAGGGCUUUGGAUGUUGUACGUGUUAUGGACUUGGUUGUUGCAAGAAUGACUGGCAAAAGGUUUGGGCUGUUCUGAAGCCUAAUUUCUUGGCUUUACUAAGAAGCCCUUUUGACGCUGAGCUGUUAGACAUAUUUGUUUUUGAUCCCCUUCCUGCUGCUAACAGCAAGGGUGAGGUGCAAGUAAAUUUGGUGGAGGAGAUAAGGGAGAACAAUCCUUUGCGCUAUUCAUUCAAGGUCGGCCACUGGACUUGAUUGAUCAAUAUUCAAUGGUUUGUUGUGAGAAUCGGAGCAUAAAAUUCAGAACUUCAAGUCAUGCUAAAGUUAAAGGUUGGAUUUCUGCAAUUAAUGAUGCUAGGCUGAAGUCCAGAGAAGGUUGGUGUGGUACUCACCGCUUUGGUUCUUUUGCUCCACAAAGAGGGUUGACCGAGGAUGGCAGUCAUGCUCAGUGGUUUAUCGAUGGAAGGGCAGCAUAUGAAGCAAUUGCUUCAUCAAUAGAGAGUGCCACAUCUGAGAUAUAUAUUACUGGAUGGUGGCUUUGCCCUGAACUGUACUUGCGGCGGCCAUUUCAUAACCACAGCUCCUCCAGGCUAGAUGCUUUACUUGAAGCAAGAGCUCAUCAAGGGGUUCAGAUAUACAUUCUCCUGUACAAGGAGGUCGCUCUUGCUUUGAAAAUCAACAGUUUAUACAGUAAAAUAAAGCUUCUUAGCAUCCACAAGAAUGUGAAAGUUCUACGCUACCCUAACCAUUUAUCUGCUGGGAUCUAUUACUGGUCACACCAUGAAAAAAUUGUUAUUGUGGAUAAUCAUAUCUCCUAUAUUGGAGGAUUAGAUUUAUGCUUCGGUCGUUAUGAUACAGUUGAACAUAAAGUUAGUGAUUACCCUCCUUUGUUAUGGCCUGGAAAGGACUAUUACAACCCAAGAGAAUCUGAACCAAAUUCUUGGGAACAUACAAUGAGAGAUGAGCUGGACCGAGAAAGAUAUCCACGUAUGCCUUGGCAUGAUGUCCAAUGUGCUCUAUGGGGACCACCUUGCCGAGAUAUUGCUAGGCAUUUUGUUCAGCGCUGGAAUCAUGCUAAGAGAAGCAAAGCUGCAAAUGAACAAGAAAUACCGCUCCUUAUGCCACAACACCACAUGGUAAUCCCACAUUACCUGGGAAGAAGCCAAAAAAUAGAUGUUGAAAUUAAGAAUGAUCAAGAAAGUGUAGAGGACUUAAAUAGACCAGACGCGUUUCGUUCAGAGUCGCCACCUGAAGGCAUACCAUUGCUUUUGCCUCCGGAAACUAACAGCAGGGAAACAUCCAACCCAAACAACACACAAGAUGAUUUCUAUAGUUAUCUGGAUCCACUAGAUCAAUCAACCAAACUGAAAGAUGGUUGGUGUGAAACACAGGAGAGAGGUCAGUUCUCAGUUGAGAAAUUAGCUGACGUUGGUCCUCAGAUCCCUUGUUCCUGUCAGAUAAUUAGAAGUGUAAGCCAAUGGUCAGCAGGAACAAGAUAUACUGAAGAUAGCAUUCAUACUGCUUAUUGUUCACUCAUUGAGAAUGCUGAGCACUUUGUCUUCAUAGAGAAUCAGUUUUUUAUAUCUGGCCUCUCUGGGGAUGAUAUCAUUCAAAAUCGAGUACUUGAUGCAUUAUACAAGCGCAUAAUGAGGGCAUACUAUGAAAAAAAGUGUUUCAGGGUAAUAAUUGUCAUCCCCCUCUUACCAGGAUACCAGGGAGGCUUGGAUGAUAUUGGAGCAGCAUCUGUGAGAGCCAUAAUGCAUUGGCAAUACCGAACAAUUUGCAGAGGACAAAACUCUAUAUUGCAUAAUCUAAUUUCCUUUCUAGGUCAAAAAACAUCUGAUUACAUAUCUUUCUAUGGUCUCAGAACUUACGGCCAACUUUCUGAUAGAUGUCCAUUAGUCACGAGCCAGAUUUAUGUCCAUAGCAAAAUCAUGAUAAUAGAUGACCGUGUAACGCUGAUUGGAUCAUCUAAUAUUAAUGACAGAAGCUUGUUAGGAUCCAGAGAUUCUGAGAUAGCUGUUGUCAUUGAAGAUAAAUAUUUUAUCGAUUCAUCAAUGGAUGGAAAGCCUUGGAAGGCUGGAAAGUUUGCAUUUAGCCUUCGGGUAUCAUUAUGGGCAGAACAUUUGGGUCUACAUUCUGGAGAGAUUUUCCGAAUAAGGGACCCUAUAGCAGACUCGACAUACAAAGAUAUGUGGCUUGCAAUUGCCAAGUUGAAUGCCACACGCUACCAAGAUGUCUUCUCUUGCAUCCCAAACGACCUCAUUUACUCAAGGUAUGCGCUGAGACAAUGUAAAGAGAAACUCAAGCACAACACUGUUGAUUUAGGAGUUGCUCCCGAGAAACUUGAUGUUUUUGUUAAUGAGGAAGUUGCCUUAGCGGAACCAAUCGAGAGGCUAAACCCAAUCAAAGGACAUCUUGUUUGUUUUCCAUUAGAGUUCAUGCGCGAAGAAGACUUGAGACCAGUGUUUAUUGACCGUGAAUUUUAUACUUCCCCGCAUGUCUUUCAUUGAAACUUGAAAGGUGUUAGAUUUUUAGGACUUCCACUUAAAUUUAAGUGCCUGGUACAUUAGUACAUAUAGAUAUAUAUACUUCAAUAAUUAAUCAAAAUUACUAAAAGUAUGAUUCUAAUAAAUUCAUAUGAUUAAAA